GCUGCGGGGGCGGGCGGAGCCUCCCGGCGCCUCCUCAGGGCGCGGCCCCGCCGGCCGGCCGGGCUCUGCUUCCCUCGCUUUGUGUCUUUCGGGUUAACUUUGCACCGUUUGUAGUGCGGUUCAUUUAAACGCGUCGGUUUUAAAUCUGUCUGACAAAGCGCAAGCUGGUCUGGUCGUACGGUGAAGUGGUAGAACCUGGGGGUUUCCCCCUUGUAUGUGUGAACUAGGAUAGUUAACGUGAGGGAAUAGACGAGCUAAAAAAAAAAAUCUGUGAUCGUUUCAGGUUUCAUGGUUUACUAGUUAAGUAUUGUGUCUCUCUGUGUUAAUGUCUCAUUGUGUUCAUUAAUACAUUAAUCUGUUUUAAUUAACUGAAGAAAGAUUCAUUUUGAGGAUGGAUAAAGGUGCAACUCCUAAAUCAUCAUCUGCUGUGUUCACCUCAAAUGCUGCUAAAGGAUGGAUGAAGAAGAGGGAUGGAGCAUUACAAGCUGCAAAAUGGAAUGCUUCUUUAGCUUCUAAAAUCAAAACUAAAUUAUUAAAUAACUCAUCUAUGUUUAAAGUAUCUUUACAACAAAAUAACAAAGCAUUAGCUGUGGCUUUGAGUGUUGAAAAAGAAAAUUCUCGCAAGCUAAAGAAUGAGAAGAUUUUUCUUCAGAAGGAAGUAGAAAAACUGCAGCUUCAUAAUAUCUCACUUCGUCAAAAACUGACCAGUUUGAAUAAAACUCUUAUUGGAAUAGAGGCAUUUUUGAAUGAAAACCUCUUAACUGCAAUAGAAAUAAGCAGUCCUUCUGAGGACCUCCAGAGUUCCUUUCCCCUGUCAGCUGGCCCAAGCAGCCCUACUGGAGGCAAGUUCAGGAGUGCACGUCGGUCAGCUCGAUCUCUAGAAUUGCCAGCAAAGCUUCCUUUCAUUGCAACAGCUAAUGCAAAGCAGCAAGGUAGCCCUUCUCUGGGCAAAGCAUCAAAUUCUUACAAGUGUUCCACUAAUUUCACAGAGGAAUUGCAUUCAGAUCAAGUCAAGUUUGCAUCACUCUUGUCUCCUGGUACAAAUAAUCAAAAGUUCAUUGAAACAGAACCAAUGGUUGACAAGAAUAGAUUUUUGAAAGAAAAUCAACUGUGUGCAGAAUUAAGUUGCAAUAGUGCCUUCCUAACUCAUGGAAAAAAUACACAAUCCUUAGAACAGCCUAAGGAGCCUGCAGAACAAUAUCAUGGUAGUUUAUUGCCAUCCUAUGAAAAUGUGACUGAAAGAAAGAAAAAUGCAGUACUUUGUAAGUCAAAAACUCAACCUAACAUAAAGGAUUUUGAUAAAAAGUGUAGGUCAUUGAGUCUGCCUCACCUAAUCAUCAACAGUAGCAGCAACACCAAUGAUAAGAAUUUGCAGGAAGGUUCAAGUGACUUGUCUUGCCUUAUUCCUUCACCUCUUAAAUUUAACGGUGAAAGUGAGACAGAUUUUAACAAGCUGCUUUUUACUGACAAGAUGAAGCCUGAAGAAACUGUUUAUGAUGCUGAUAUGGAGUUGACUGCCAGUGAUGCAUGUGAAUUACUCACAGUUACAGCAAAAGGCAAUUAUAAAUUGCACCAAAAUAAAAUUAAUAAUGCCAAUUCUGACAAAAUAUUACCAAAUUUCAGAAAAGUAAAAUAUUCUAAGAAGGAUAAAGAAAAAAUUAGAAGAAAGACUGAAGUCUAUUCAAAUUUGCAUGCAGAAGAAAGGCUCUCUAGGGCUGACAAUAGUGAAACUUUGGAAACUACUACUUCACAAACUCAGCUAUUCCAAAGUCAGACAGAACAGCUACCUACAGGAAAUUCUGUAGAGCAACAGAAUAGAACAAGUAAAACUAAGGAUUCCAGGAGGACAUACCAGGUUAAUGUAAUGAAUCCAAGAAAACAAGAGACAAGUAGAGGAACAUUCUCAGAAAUGUUUGGAGAAGUGGAAAGCAGAAUACAAAAAACAGACUCGUGCUCAUCUGUUAACAAGAUCCCACCAGAAGUUUAUUGUGUUGAAAAUUUACCAUUCCAAGAUAACAUUUCUGAUGCAUUGGCUUUACAGAAGGGCUUUCUGAAUACAAAUGAGAAAGAUAACAAACCAACAAUAAAGAGGAAGACUUCUCAAAACCUUUCCAAAGCAAACACAGAAAAAUCCUGUAGAGAGGAAAACGGCCAGUAUGGAGAAUAUAUUUCCAAAAAAUCUCAAACAGAGAUAAACCAAUGUGACAGCAGCAAGAAAAAACAAGACCAGAAGAAUAUUACACAGAGAAAAAACAACAAAAAAAGUAGUUACAGACAAGGUAGAGAAACUGCAAGUGACAGCCCUUCUAAAGUUAGUCAGAAAGUAGACCAAAAGAGUAGCCAUUUUUCACCAGGCAGAUUGAAGCGUACAUUGGCAAGGGCCAGCCGGAACGCAUAUGUAAUACCAAAGGAAAAUCUUACACGGUUCUCAGUUUGUAAAAAUGAAGAAUUAAAAAAUAAAGAUUCAUUGCUUGCAGAGGCUGGAAAGAAAGUAACUGUAACUCAGCAAAUGCAAGUAGCUUUAGCUACUCAGAAUGGUGUAGCGCUGAAUACGCCACAAGCUGAAGAACAGGUUGAUGAUGAUGCUAACAGGUUAAAGAAGGUAGAUUCCUCAGCAGUGGCAAGUAAAACCUCCCACAUAAGUAAUUUUCCUGAUAAGCAUGUAAAGCAGAAGCAGAGGUUUAGUUCUGAUAUUACUGAGACCAGACAAGAAAAAAGUUAUUUCAGGCAUAUUGCUCAGGGGGGUCAGAAUGAUUUGGAUGAUCAGGAAGUCCCUCAUGAAAUGAAUUCCUUAGUGAGUAAGUUGAAGCCUGUGAUUGAAGUUGAAUGCUGUAAGAAUAUGCCAUUUAAGGCAGAUAGCUCUUCCCAGGAAGGUCUUCCCAAUGUGGAGCUCCCAGCUCUUGAUAACCACAAUGCUUCCAUCAACUUUUCUAUACUGAAAAGCUCUGAAACCCACAGGCAAAGUGAUUGUAAUGAAGCACUGGAUGCUGAAAAAGCAGAACAAAAUAUGGAUCCUAUUUCUAAACAGAGUAACAAAAAUACUCUGACACCUUGUCACGGGAGAAAAGCUUUCCAAGAACUGACAAAUACUAGCAUACAAUUUCACACUUCUGUACCUAAAUCCCCCCAAUCUUUAGAAGACUCAGCAGCACCCCUGAGACGAGGCAGACCCACUGUUUGCUACAAGGAACCCAGUCUUAUCAGCAAAUUAAGGAGAGGGGAUCGAUUUACAGAUACACAAUUCCUCAAUUCCCCAGUCUACAAAGUAAAAAAUAAAGGAAAUUUUAAAAGCAAAUCAAAAUUUUAUUAAGGAAGAAAGAAUUGCCAAUAUGGAAUACUUCUAAAAUGGGUACAAUUGUUUAUGUAUAUAUGUAUAUGUUUAGCAAUAUAGAGUGUUUGUUGUUCUUUAACUAGUAAAGGUCUUCCACAGUGAAAUUUUCUGGAGAAGAACCUCUGUAAAAGGGGCACAGAAUACUUUACUGAGGAAGGCAUAUACAGGUUAGGCUCACUCCUGUUUUGCAUUUCUGGUCAGUAAUUUAUAAUCUGUUCAAAUGGUUUGUAGCACUUCUUAACUUGUUAGAAAAGAUAUGUUUUAAUGAGAAAUAAAAAUAAACCAGCUUUGGGAAUUGUA